GUAGUCCUUCCGGUCGCUCAGCGGGCAAGGCGCUCGCUCUUACCGAUCCUACCGGAGGGAGGGAGGAAAAUGUCGUUCGUGGUGCCGAAAAGGGCGGGGGUGACGCUCAAGCAGGUGAAGAGCGUCUUGGUCGCCUUCUGCCCCUUCGAGUCCAACGUGGAGAGCACCAGGUGAGGAGAGGCCACGGGGUUGGGAUCCACUGGAUCCGAAACAGGACUCCCCACCCCCGGACCCAUUCAUCCCAGGGCACUGAUGGGCAAGCCAUGCACACAACCUGCACGAAAUACACGUGGCAUCAUAGGCACGUUUUGCCCAUUCUGAUUGUAGAAUCUGGCUCCCAAUGCUGGGCUGCGGUUCCUUAGUACUGGGGGUGCAAAGUACUUUUGUAUAUCUUUACGUGCUGAGAAUGGGCCCCAGCUUGAUUUUUUAAAUAAACGAUUAGCAGGACUCAUUUAUUUCUGACUGUUUUGCUGCUGUGCCUUUUCCCUGCUGCAUGGCAGGCAGUAAUUCAUCUGGUGUGGGAUAGGGCCUUUUCUAGUAAGCAAUGCAGGGAGGAGAGAAAGAGAACUGUUCUGUUGAAUUUCUACCUGAGAUCAUGCAUAGUUUAUACAAAAAACAAACAAAACAAAACCCUGCCAUGCCACUCCUAAAUUAUUGUUAGACCUAGGAAGUAUGAUGUUGGGCAUAGAAGGUAAACUUUUGUACACCUUGUUUAAGCUGCCGCUUCUGCAGUGUUGGCAUGCUAGCAUCCCACCCCCCCACUCCAUGCCCCAGUCCAGGCUCUUAAUGCCUGGUAUGUUGACUCUGAACAUGCAUUUUUAACAAGGUGCAUGCUUGAUAUGCUAUACAGAUAUGUUUCCUUACAUGGCUUGCAUCCUGAUUAAGUCACGUCUAGUACUAAUAAUCACACUCUGCCUUAAUCCAAAAUGACUGAGUUAGAUAUUUGCCUCCUUCACCCUGAGCUCUUUCAAAAAGGAGGGCAGGAUAUAAAUUCAAUAAAUAAAAUGUAAAUAAUUCAACACCGGAGUGCUUUGAGCAAUUGGUAUGGCAAGCUACUAAACUGCAAGGAUUUUUUAUUUGAUUUUGUAACUUGUAAGAUUGUAUUGUCUGUCUUAUGUUUCAGAGCUUUGCUCUAUGUAUAUUUUGGAUUUUGGCAGCUGAUAUUAUUACAUUGUUCCACUCUUAUUCUUCCUAUGAGGUGUUUUGUGGAUCGUUGAGAUAAAAUCUUUAGACUAAAAAAAUUGUUUAUUGUAUUUUAUACUACUAACUGCUAUGUUAUUGAUAAAAUAUGUUCUGAUCUAUAUUUCUGAACCUUUUCAGAAAUUUCCUACAGUGUCUGUAUACAAAGAAAGCCUUUUUAUCCAACAGCAACUGUGAAGUGAAUACAGAUGUAAAACACGAUGGGUCUGAACCAGUAAUUGACGUCGUAUUUGGUAAGGAAGCAUUCCUGUUUUGUAAACCAAAGCCGACAUCGUCAGCUGGUAGCCUUUGGGCCAGAUGAACCCCCUCUAAAUAAUUUUCUGCUCCCUUGAAGCCUCCCUAUUCAAAAAGCUGUCAAGCUGUAAAAAGUUUCCACUAUUAAUGUGGCAUCUCCUUUUUGGAUAUACAAGCAGGUCCCCCUUUACAAACCCAAUGCCUUCCCUGGAAAUUGUUCGCCAGGCAAGUGUUUGCAUAACCGAGUCCAUGGUUUCCAUUGUUUCCCAUGGAAACUUGCCUAAUGCAGGAUUUGUCUGCUCCCUUUCCCCACACUCUCCAUACUUUCUUCCUGAAAUGGCUGUAGCCAAUCAGCAAAAGAGAGGCAAAGGAAAAAAAUGGAUUUGCCCGAUCUCUCUCACUGUCUGAUUUGUCAGAUUUUUCCUGUACUCUGACUUGUCUGCUUUCACUCCCCUGCCCAAAAGUGGCUACAGCUGACCAAGCAGGAAAAAAACCAAGGAAGUCGGAUGUUCAGAUAAGUGACUCUGCGGAGCGUUUAGCAAGGUUUUGGCAUAAUUCUGCAAACAUUAUUAUGGAACUGACCACUCUCAGAUCCUAAAACUACAGAGGCGAGCCAUCCCUGUCCUAAAGAAGUUGGGGGUCUUCUAUGGCUUUCAAAUUCAGAGAAAAAGGGUCCAAACUUAUUUUACUUGUGGGAUCUUAAUGGAGGAAGAGCUCCAUUAACAUUUUACCCAGUGUUUUGGACCAUUUAUGCCUCUUGCCUCAAAUGCCUUUACUUGAAAACCUCUUUAUUUUAUUUUAACCAUCUUUAUUGCUCUUCUAGGAAGUACCUCUGAUGUGUAAAUACAUUGGCUUGGUGAUCAAAGUAUUACUUUCUUUCCCUUGGUUUCCGCAAAUUCCCACCCCGCUCCUUAAGCAGUGCUAGAUGGCAAGAACUCAUUUCUGCAGGUUGCUUCUGGCAGGAAGGUUGUAACAAAGUUUGGAACUACUAUCUGCCGUAUCUCUGCAUUGUCAGUUAAGCCAGGAAGAUAAAAAGAACUGAGAAAAGUAUACUUCCAAUGGCAGUGUGCUUUGACUCCACUAGAUGGCUCAUGGUAGCUUUUGAAAAAAAAACCAGUAGCCUCACUGGAUGCUGCUCAUUCAUGAUGAACCACAGUAAGCUAGCGCAUCCACACCAUACAGUUAAAGCACAUGGCUUCCUUCCAAUAAUCGUGGGAACUGUAGCUUACUCCUCUCAUAGAUCAAUUCUCAGCACCCUUAACAACCUGCAGUUCUCAGGCAUCUUUGGGGGAAGCUGUAGGCGCCAAAUGUAUGGUGAUGAUGUGAUAAAAGCCUGGUUUGCCAUCGCAUUCAAACCUGACCAGAGUUCUAUUACAAAUUAAGCUGCUCUAAUGGGAAGGUUAAUGUGCAACUACACACCAUACAAAACCACGUCACUGACAGAUAGGCAUGCAAGGUUAGUGAGGGAGAAGGAGGAUUUGACACAGGGUUGUAGUUUGCACAUUAUUAUUCUUUGAAAUGUGCAGUUCUGCCCUUACAUACAAUGCGUGUCUAUUCGAAAGUCCGUUUAGUUCAGUGGGGCUUACUCUUAGAAAAUUAUGUUUGCUCUCCAACCCUUUCCAAGACCCUUACUUCAUGAGCUGUGUGGUCACUGUAGCUGGCCAUCUGUAACUUCCAUUAUCUCAGAGACUUCCAUUAUCAGAAACAGUGAAAAUAGCUUUCAGAUAAUGGAAUAUUGGGGCAGUCGAUUUCUGUCAUUAACUGCCUCACAUUAUAUUUUCAAUAAGUAUAUUUUAUUGUUCCAGCCAAAGGCCAUGACAAGUAUAUACUGCAAAAAAUCAAUAAAACAAUACUAAGAUUUACAGUGUGAAAGGAGGCACCUAAAAUAUGGGGGGGGGGGCAGGAACAUAAUUAAUGAAUAAGCUCUACCUCCCGCCCCCCUUUAGUUCUAACUCUGUUCUCUAUUCACAAAGUUUGUAGCCCUUAAAACCUGUGCACCAGUUUUUCAUAUGUCCAUGAUCUUACUUGCAAAUUUAGACUGUUUUUAUGUCAAACACUUGAUGCAGACCCAGGGAAGAUCCAGAGAACUGCAAGGUGAUUUCCAUAUAGACCAUAUAGAAGGGAUCCACAUUCCUAUAGCAUCUCCACCCCAGAUAAAUCACUCGGGAGAGUCUGUGCACUUCUGGUGAGCAAAUGUCAAAAAGCAGGAGAGCGCCAAUGUUUGCUGCUUUGAGUCCUGUCAAGGUUCUUUAGGUGUAAACUUGGGAGUUCUGUGGUGCCAGCCAAGUUCUCUCACUACUCCGUUUUGAAGGACAUGGUACAAAGAAUGAUCUGCAGCCAUAUAUAUGUACACACACAGUAUUCUUUUGCAGUACUUGCAGCGUUUCAAUACACCUGUAAUGUUGCUUUCUAAAAAUCUGGAACAUUUAACCAAGAAUAUUCAUCUGAUGUUGUCAUGUAGAACUUGGGCAAUUGCGUUUUGUUUUCCUUCUGUUCUAAACUAUGUUAAUUCUUUUGCAGCCGACGGUGACAGACUGAUCAUGAAAGGAGCCAACUUAACCAUUAGAGAAAUGCUAAAUGCCUUCAACUCUAGGUGUGAAGCCAAAGAGAAUAUGGCACAAGAGAAGGCUCAGAAAAAGAGUGCCUGAAAGUCAACCAAGGAACAGUUAAGAUGUUUCAUAUGAACUCGUGAAAACUGUGGUGCAACUUCUUCCCUUGGAAUGACAGCCAGGACUUUACAAAGGUGGAUGCAGUCAGAAUGCAGAUUGGUCCUGACAAAUUGCUGAAUGAUGUCUUUGACCUUUUCUUUAAAGAUAAAACUCCAUGCAAAAUAAUUGA